GACGUCAACGCGCGCUCUCGUCACCUGGAGCCCGCGGAAGGAAGCAGCCGCCGGUGACUCUGCAAAGAUGAAUACCAGAGGGCUUGGAUCUCAGCUGAAGGACUGCAUUUCAGUUCCUGAUUUCUCAACUAGUGGAACAUUUGAAAGCCAUGAUGUGAUGCACAGAGGCUUUCCACAUGUGAAGAGUGAACUUUUUCCUGUUCAUCCAUUGGAACUUUCAGAGAAGAAUUUUUCCUUAACUCAAGAUAAAAUGAAUUUUUCAACUCUGAGAAAUAUUCAAGGGCUACAUGCGCCAUUAAAGUUGCAAAUGGAAUUCAAAGCAGUGAAACAG